AUGGGCCGCGAGCGCAGGCGGAAGGCUCCCGAGGGGCCCCUCCGGCCGCAGGAGAAGGGCGCCCGGGCGGCGGGGCGCAAGGAGCGGCCGGGCGGCGUUGGCGGGGGCCGGCGGGCGCGGCCGGGGCUGGGCCAGGUGUGCGCGCUGCUGGCCCUGGCCUCGGGCGCGCUGGGCUGCGCGGCCUUCGCCUACAGCCUCUACGGCCGGUGGCGGCUGGCGGCCCGCGUGCUCACGCUGCACCCGGCGCCGCGCAGCCUGGAGCCCAACAGCAGCAGCCCCGCCGUCGCGCCCCGCCUCUUCUGGGGCUCCUACCGGCCGCAAGUCUACUUCGGCAUGAAGACCCGCAGCCCCCGGUCGCCGGUGGCAGGCCUGAUGUGGAUGCACCAGCUGGAGGGGGACGUUCAGCUGCGCCACACCUGUGAGCAAAGCGAUGGCCUCCCCCGCUACGGCUGGCUGCUUCAUGACGGCGUCCAUUUUGGGGUGCAGGAGAUCAAGGACGUGGGCCUCAGCCUCCAGACAGAGUUUGUGAAGCGCCCUGGGGGCCAGCAUGGGGGAGACUGGAGCUGGCGGGUCACUGCUCGGCCUGAGAGGACUGGGGCCCAGGCCCCCUUCAUCUCCCUGCUCUUCUAUGUGGCCACUGAUGGACAAGGAGCUCUGCAGCCUCGGGUGGAGGACAAGACCCGGAUGGUGUCUCUGACCGGCACAACGGAGGAGCUGGGACAUUUCACCAUCACCUUCCAGCAGCCCACUACUGAGGCUGGUACGACGCCUCUAUAUGCCAGUUAUAACUUCCUGCAGGCAAAGGCCGAAGGCCUGCACCGCCUGAGCGAUGUGGUGAAAGCCAGCCUGAGCCCCCGCUUUUCCUUUGCCCCACCGGGGGCCCCCAAGCGCCGCUACUUUGGCGUGGACACCUUCCGAGGGGCACCGGGGGAGAGCGAGCCGCGCACCCAGCUCCUGGUUCACCAGGUGACUGUGGCGCUGCCCUGCCGCUUGGAGGUGGUCUUUGAGUCGGGCAGUGCUGCGGGGCGUCCUGAGCAGCUCGCGGGAGAGGCCCUGACGCGAGAGCUGGGCAAGCACGCAGCUGCCUUUGAGCAGCGCUUUGAGGAGACCUUUGGGCUCGCCGGCAAGGGCCACUCUCCACAGGAGCAGCACUUUGCCCGGGCCGCCCUCAGCAACCUGCUGGGUGGGAUGGGCUACUUCCACGGCCGUUCGCUGGUGCAGUCUCCGCACACUGAGCAGCCCCAGCUCUACCCCGAGGGCCCGCUCUUCACGGCGGUGCCCUCGCGCUCCUUCUUCCCCCGGGGCUUCCUGUGGGACGAGGGCUUCCAUCAGCUGUUGCUGGGCCGCUGGGAUCCGGCCCUGAGCCGCGAAGCCCUGGCUCAUUGGUUCGAUCUCAUGAAUGCCGAGGGGUGGAUCCCACGGGAGCAGAUCCUGGGCGAAGAGGCCCGCACCAAGGUCCCGGCUGAGUUCGUUGUGCAGCACAGCAGCGCGGGCAACCCUCCGACCCUGUUUUUGGCACUGCGGCAGCUGCUGGCCCAGGGCGCGCUGGAGGUGGGCUACCUGCGGCGCCUCUACCCUCGCUUACAGAGCUGGUACGAUUGGUACAACCGCACACAGGCUGGGCCGCAGCCCUACACGUUCCGCUGGCGCGGCCGGGACCAGGACACCCAGAUGUUCCUCAAUCCCAAGACGCUGACCUCGGGGUUGGACGACUACCCCCGGGCCUCCCACCCCUCGCCAGACGAGCGCCACCUGGACCUACGCUGCUGGAUGGCCAUGGCCUCUGUCGUCAUGGCCGAGGUGGCCACGCUGGUGGGGGAGCCGGCGGGAGAGUACCAGCGCAUGGCCGAGGUGCUGGCUGACAACCAGCUGCUGGAUCGGCACCACUGGGCCGAGGCCCUGGGCACCUUUGCGGACUAUGGGAACCACACCCAGGCCGUGGCCCUGGAGCGUGAGAGGCCUCGGCCCUCUCCCCCCGGCCAGCCCCUCCCCACCCCCCGGUUGCUACGGGUGGUGCGCAAGCCGCCGAAGUUGCAGUUUGUGGGGGGGGCCCUGGGCUACGUGAGCCUUUUCCCGCUGCUGCUGCAGCUCUUGCGCCCCGACUCUCAGCGGCUGGGCAGCCUCCUGGCAGACAUGCGCAGCGAGAAGAAGCUGUGGACGCCCUUCGGUUUGCGCUCCCUCUCCCGUGCCAGCCCUUUCUACCUCAAGCACAACACAGAGCAUGAUCCACCCUACUGGAGGGGGCCCAUUUGGAUCAACAUCAACUACCUGGCCGUGCGGGCCCUGCACUACUACAGCCAGCUGGAGGGGCCCUACCGCAAGCAGGCCACCGCCUUGUACCAGGAACUGCGGGCCAAUCUCAUUGGCAACAUCUUUCGCCAGUACCUAGAGAGCGGUUACAUCUGGGAGCAGUACCAUGACAGCACAGGCCGGGGCCAGGGCUGCUACCCGUUCACAGGCUGGUCAGCCCUUGUCGUGCUCAUGAUGGCCGAGGAAUAUUAGCGGUGGGGAAGUGUGCCAGGAUCUGAGGCCAAGGAUGCUUUGGGAGUGGCAGGCUGCCCCUGCCUGCUCUGGUGGACACACUGGGCGCUUCACUCAGGAAUCGAGGUGGGAGCGACCGGGAUUCAGGGCCCUAGCAAGUGGGCCUGGCUCUGCCUUCCCCUCCAACGAACUCUGGGAUUCGCCUUUUUAAUUUUUUAGUGAAAUAAAGGUGUGG